AUGUUCUAUAGUCCCGUGAAACACAAUAGUGUUUUAGAAUACUCUCGUGGACGAACGCCUAGCAACGAGUUACAGGUGUAUACGUGGUUGGAUGCUACACUGCGUGAAUUGGCCUCUUUGGUGAAGCAAGUCAAUCCAGAAGCCCGCAAACGUGGUACUCUAUUUGACUUUGCUCUCGUCUCUCCAGAUCUCCGGGUGCCUGUGUAUCGGAUGCGGGAAUUGGGCGAGGUUUGUUCGGGAUCUCCCUCCGAUACGGACCGUAUCAUGCUCAAGGUGAGCACAGAUGAUUCCGGCUUAUUUCACUUUUCACCUUUUCACACAUUAUCCAUCAGCUUCCCGUGA